AUGGUCGACUCCUGUUGUGGCUCCGUCUGCUCUGACCAGGGCUGUGGCCAGGAGACCUGCUGCCACCCCAGCUGCUGCCAGACCACCUGCUGCAGGACCACCUGCUGCCGCCCCAGCUGCUGUGUGUCCAGCUGCUGCCGCCCCUCCUGCUGUGGCCCCAGCUGCUGUGGCCCCAGCUGCUGCGGGCCCAGCUGCUGCAUCUCCAGCUGCUGCCGCCCCGCCUGCUGUGGCCCCACCUGCUGUGGCUCCAGCUGCUGCAGGCCCAGCUGCUGCAUCUCUAGCUGCUGCCGCCCCGCCUGCUGCCAGACCACCUGCUGCAGGACCACCUGCUGCCGCCCCAGCUGCUGCGGGUCCAGCUGCUGCCGCCCCUCCUGCUGUGGCUCCAGCUGCUGCCGCCCCUCCUGCUGCAUUUCUAGCUGCUGCCGCCCCGCCUGCUGUGGCCCCACCUGCUGUGGCUCCAGCUGCUGCAGGCCCAGCUGCUGCAUCUCUAGCUGCUGCCGCCCCACCUGCUGCCGGACCACCUGCUGCAGGACCACCUGCUGCCGCCCCAGCUGCUGCGAGACCUGCUGCCACCCCAGCUGCUGCCAGACCACCUGCUGCAGGACCACCUGCUGCCGCCCCAGCUGCUGUGUGUCCAGCUGCUGCCGCCCCUCCUGCUGUGGCCCCAGCUGCUGUGGCCCCAGCUGCUGCGGGCCCAGCUGCUGCAUCUCCAGCUGCUGCCGCCCCGCCUGCUGUGGCCCCACCUGCUGUGGCUCCAGCUGCUGCAGGCCCAGCUGCUGCAUCUCUAGCUGCUGCCGCCCCGCCUGCUGCCAGACCACCUGCUGCAGGACCACCUGCUGCCGCCCCAGCUGCUGCGGGUCCAGCUGCUGCCGCCCCUCCUGCUGUGGCUCCAGCUGCUGCCGCCCCUCCUGCUGCAUUUCUAGCUGCUGCCGCCCCGCCUGCUGUGGCCCCACCUGCUGUGGCUCCAGCUGCUGCAGGCCCAGCUGCUGCAUCUCUAGCUGCUGCCGCCCCACCUGCUGCCGGACCACCUGCUGCAGGACCACCUGCUGCCGCCCCAGCUGCUGCGUGUCCAGCUGCUGCCGCCCCGGCUGUUGCUAG